CCAAGGGGGGCGGGGAAAGGGACGGGGUCAGCCUGGGCAGCCAAUCAGGGCUCGGCCCCCAGCGCAGCCAAUCCGGCCGGGCAAGUUGGGGCUCAGCCAAUCGGGCCCAACGAGGAAGACCUGAGUCAGUGUUUGCACCUCUCGCUUCCAGCUUUGGGUGGCGCUGCGUGCAACCCGCGGGUCCCGACCGGGGUCCUCGCUGUCUCCCUCGUUCCCCUGGAAACGCCGUGUGCACGGUUCUGGAGGACAUGGCGCGGCAGUGGGGGCCCUCCAUGAGGGCGGCCGAGAAGGCGGGCUGCGUGGUGAGCGCCUCCCGGGCGGGGCAGGCCGAGGCGGGCUCGUGGAGCUGCAGCGGGGUGAUCCUGAGCCGCUGCCCGGACCUGGUGCUGUGCCACGGGGGCAUCUUCACCCCCUUCCUGCGGGCCGGGAGCGCGGCGCUGACCGCGGCCGGCGCCUCCUUCCUGCCCGGCGACAGUUGCGGCGACGACCUGCGCUUGCACGUGCAGUGGGGUCCAGCAGCCGCAAGCCCCGCAGGCCGCGCAGAGCGGGGCCGUCCCGGCCUGUGCACGCCCCAGUGCGCCGGCCCGGAGCCCGGCCCGCCGGCCCGACCCCGCGGGCGGCUCCUGGAGCCCCCGCGGCCCGCCGAGCUGCUGCUGCUGCUGAGCUGCCCGGCCUUCCGGGCCCACUUCGCGCGCCUCUUCGGGGGCGAGGCGGCCGAGCAGUGGAGCUUCGCGAGCGCGGCGCCGGACGACGAGGUGUCGGAGGAGGAGGACGAGGAUCAGCUGAGAGCGCUGGGCUGGUUCGCGCUACUGCGCGUGCGGCCCGACCCCGAGGAAGAAGAGGCGGCGGCGGCGGGGGCGGGGGGGGGGGCCGCGCUCGGCCGCCUGGGCCCCGGCACCCACGCCCUGGCCGCCCUCCUGCCGCCGGAGGUGGGCGCCCCGUGGGGCCUGCCCCUCCGCGACCCCGGGCCCCCGUGGGCAGCUGCGGCCGUGCUGGUGGAGUGCGGCACCGUCUGGGGCUCCGGAGUGGCCGUGGCGCCCCGCCUCGUGGUGACCUGCCGUCAUGUGGCCCCUCGGGAGGCGGCCAGGGUCCUGGUGCGCUACACGUCCCCCAAGAGUGCCACGAUCUGGGGACGUGUGGUGUUUGCCACCCAGGAGACCUCUCCCUAUGACAUAGCGGUAGUGAGCCUGGACGAGGACCUACAUGGUGUCCCCCUGCCCGUGCUGGCUGAGCGUUUCCAUGAAGGCGAAGCUGUCAGUGUGGUGGGCUUCGGCGUCUUCGGCCAGGCCUGCGGGCCCUCGGUGACCUCAGGCAUCCUGUCAGCUGUGGUGCGGGUGGGUGACACACCGGCAAUGCUGCAGACCACGUGCGCUGUGCACGCCGGCUCCAGCGGGGGACCCCUCUUCUCCAGCCGCACAGGAGACCUCCUGGGCAUCGUGGCCAGCAACACCCGGGACAAUGACACAGGGGCCACCUACCCUCACCUGAACUUCAGCGUCCCCAUCACGGUGCUGCAGCCGGGCCUGCGGUGGUACAGACAGACAGGUGACCUGGGUGGCCUCCGGGAGCUGGACAGUGCCACGGAGCCCGAGAAGGUGGUGUGGCGGCUGCAGCGGCCCCUGACAGAGGCCCCGCGGAGCAAGCUCUGAGGCCGCGUCAGGCCUCUGGAGACGGGAGCCCCCGUUGUACGCCGCAGUGAGUGCUGAGGGUAGCAGCUCGGGACCCCGACAGGGCGCACCCCACCUGGACCGCUGCCCCAUCGCCACCCACCCUGUUCAGCUCCGGAGUCGGGACCAGACUUCCCUUCAGCCCCAUGGGUCUCCAACCUGGCAGCCUGUUUCGGGGUGCUCUUUUGAGCCCUCACCUCUGUCUGCCCCCCCGGCACUGGACUCAGCUGUGUUAUUUCUCCUUGUGGGGAGCCCCGUGCAAGUGCACAACAGCCCUGGUCCUGACAGCCGGGGGCGGCCCUGGCUUCACAUCGGUUCCCUGUCUCCUGAUGGCUGCUGGCCGCCGGAGCAGCUGCUUCAAUGGGGCAGGGAGUUCCUCAGAAACCCUCGGCAGAGAGGCCUGCUCUGAAGACCAAAGACAAGAGGAAGAGAACGUUUUUCUGGGUCUGCUACAUCUCUAGGUGGAGUCCCUGAAGGUUAGGACUCAUGGGUCCUCAUCAGUCGGGUGUCGCUGACCUCCAGGGGCACUCCGAUACAGUGCCUUCACUUUCCAGCCCAUAAAAUGGGCCUCAGGGAUCUCCCGGGGUAGAAUGCGUGUAGUUGGGGGUUGGGAAUAAAGCGCACGUCUGGGGGAAACUCUGUUUCUAUAUAACAGGUUCUUCUUUUUCUUCUUCUUUGUUUCAAAAGUUGAAUUGGGAAUAGGAAACCCCCAGGCACAGAAAUAUACCUUUCUGUCCUGCUUUCUCGGUGGGGGUGUGGGCUCCAGGGUUACUCUUGUGCCAGACUGGGCCUGGCAUCCGAUCAUGGUGCCAGUCAGCACUGCGUGGGGCUUGCAGCCCUUGGAAGGUGGUGGUCUUGGCCUGGCGGUAAGUGCUUACAGAGCACCCAAGAGGAGUCCAGGCCUGUACUAGGCCCUGGGGGGGGGGUUGGGAGGUUCAAAGAUAUGAAUGAGACCAAGGCAGCCCCAAGGAACUAAGACCAGCCCUGCAAGUCAAGAACAUGCACUGUGUAUCCAGGGUCCUGCACGUGUCCACCCUUGAGAAAGGACUGUGAAGUCAUCGACAGGUUCAGUGUAAUGGGGGGGUGUGAUUGGGGGACUAAUUCUAAGCCGAGAGGAUAGCUAGGAGUACUUUGUUUCCACCAUCUAUCUGUUGAGUGCCAACAGGGCAACCCCAAAAUUCCUGUGAUGAUUGUUCUCCCCUUUACAACUUCGGAAUGGUCCAGAAGGCAAAGUUAGCUUGAGAGAAACCCCAUAGUAAAGUAAUGGCAGCAGGGGGUGAGGGCUGAGGGCUGACUUCACUGGGAGUGGGAGGGGGACAUUUCUUCCAGUGGGUACCAAGGAGCUCGGCAUUUUGGGGAGACUGGUGUGUCAGCCCAUUAGUGCGACGGGCCAAGCAGUUCUGUCCACUCAGAAGGAAGGCCAUGUCCUAGGGCCUAGGGAGGGGGGGAUCAGGCAAGGCCUCCUCAAGGUGUCUUAGGAGCUGAACCCUGAAAAGAGAGUAGGUAUUUACUGCAUGGCCUGGAAACAGGGAGGGUGUUCCAGGUGGAGAGCAGCCGGAAUUGGGACAAGGAGGUGUGAAACCCUGUGUGUUCUGGCAGCACUAAGUGGAGGGAAAUUCGGAAAGGAGCAGGAUGGUGGGCUGGGGGAACCGGCUCCCCGGGGCCAGGUUGGGGAGAAGACGGCUGAAGCAGGACUGGGCGACAUGGAGAAGACCAAGCAAUGGCAUGUGAGGCGGGUUGACGCCUAGAGAGAAAGGGCAGACGCGCCUGCAUUUCGGACGAGGACAACAGUAUGGCUAACGAGUUUUGGGGCAAGAUGUUUCCUUGGGGUGUGUGGGACCUCAAGUGGAGAAGUACAGAAAGCUGUUGAAUGAGUGGCUGAGUCAGGAUAAAGCAGGAAAAGAUCCCCUCUCCCCAGCUCAGCGGCUUCAGACAACAGAAAUUCAUGUAAAGUCAAAAGUAGUGGACCGACCAGGAAGGGAAGGGGGGCUGUGUUGCAGGAGUGGGCGAGGGACUGAGGCUCCUUCCCUCUGGUGGAUCUGUCACUGGACCUGCGACCGCAGAGGCCUCUGCCAUGUCUCCUGCAUCUGGCAGGUGGAUGGGGGAAGAGGCAGGAGAUAGUCCUGAUUUUUUUUUUUAAUAGAUUUUAUUUGAAAAGUUCCAGUUGUUCUGCCUUGCUAACACUUGGUAUUGCAGUUUUGUUUUGUUUUGACAUUCUAAUAGGUGAACAGUGUAUCUCACUGUAUCUCACUGUGAUUUUUUAAAAUAUUUUAAAGCACUGUUAAGUUCACAGCAAAGCUGAAUGGAAAGUAUAAGAUUUCCCAUAUACUCUUUCCCUCCCAUGCACAGCAACCUUGCCCACUAUCAACAUUUGUUAGAAUCAUCACUGUGGUUUUAAUUUAUACUUCUUUAGUGGUUUCACUUGCAUCUGCCUAUUUUGCAUUUACUUUAUUUGCUAUUUGUAUAUCUUCUAGGUGAAGUGUCUAUUCAGAGCUUUUGCCCAUUUCGUUAUUGGGUUAUUUUCACAUUGUUGAAUUUUGAAAUUUGAGGGUUUUUAAAUUAUAAAUUAUAAAUAUUUUCUCCCCAUCUGUGACUUAUCUUUUCAUUUUCUUUCAUAGGACAAAAGUUUUUAAUUUUAAUAAAUAAAGUCCAA